CAACUGUAUGAAUGAUCCGCAAUGUACAUGCAGGAUAAUGGCAACUCCUUCACCCUAGCUGUCUUUGUAAGCUGCCUUUUUCUCGCGAUUUCCCGAGUGUCGCGUCUCUCGCUAAUGCCAGCGCAAAUUGGGAGGACUGUCCUCGAAUGCCAACAGCUGGUGAUCCCCUGUCCCCCGGCUUACGCAAAAGGGUGCCUCACAACCCCGACUCGCACGCUCCCCCGAUGUCCGUCCGUAGCCGCUCUGCUGUGAGCAAUGUCCGACCAGUUCUCUGAGGCAUAUUGUCGUGCAGCAAAAAUGUCUCUUAUAAACUGCAUUCUCCUUUUUGCUGCCGCAGUGCAAGCAAAGCGAGUUGUCCACAACUGGGACAUCACCUACUUGAACACCAGCCGCGGCCUGGACCAGGCGCCGAAGCGCGGCAUCACUGUCAAUGGAAAGUUCCCGCUGCCCAUUGUCGAAGCCGAAGUCGGUGACCUUCUGGUGCUCAAUGUCCACAACUCGCUCGACGUGCCCACUUCUCUGCAUGCCCAUGGUAUCUACCAGCAUGGCACCAACUACUACGAUGGUGUUGGCAUGUUCACCGAGUGCUCAAUUGCCCCCGGCAGCAACUUCACGUACGAGAUCCCCCUGAAGCAGUCAGGAACCCAUUGGAUCCAUGGACACACAGCCGAGCAGAACUUUGACGGACUGCGCACGCCCCUCAUCAUCCGUGACCCCCGGGAGCGCUGGGACUACGAUGACGAGUACUUGUUUGUGCUUGAGGACUGGUCGCCAUGGACCAUGCAGCAGUCAAUGGAUUUCCUGCUGAAACCGAACCUGGCCGGCCUGCCCCUCAACCCGCCGCCCCACGGCCUCAUCAACGGAGUCAAUGGCACGCUUACCAAGCCCAUCAAAUUUGAGCCUGGAAAGACCUACCGCAUUCGCCUUCUCCCGAUGACCAGUUUCCCGAACCUCGAGUUUGUCAUUGACGACCACGACCUGAUUCUGUACGAAAUCGAUGGCGUGCGCACAAAGCCCAAGACGCUGAAGACCAUCCGUGUUACCCCUGGACAGCGCGCCUCGGUGCUGGUCAAGGCAAAGCGGUCAAGGUCGAACAACUACUCGUACCAUGUCACCAUGAACUCGCCGGGAACGCCUGUGCUCGCUGGUGCCCUGCCAUUCACAUUCAAUGGCACUGUCGAGUACGACCCCAAGGCGCCGCUGGCUCCCACCACUGUGAUUCCGUCUGAGGAGUUCGAUGAGCUCACCGCCGAGUCGCUCGACUACCUGCCAGCGCUCCAGACCGACCGCUCACUCUUCAUGAACGCCACGUGGGGAUUCACGCCAGACGUCGUCCUGUACGAUACCUUCGACUAUGUUGAGUUCCGCGCACCCAAGGUCCCAACACUGUUCAGCGCACUGACCAUGGGUGACAAGGCCAAGAACCCGCUCGUCUACGGCCCACAGACAAAUGCCAGGGUGCUAAAAUACAACGAGGUCAUUGAAAUAGUCCUGUUCACUAUGGCUUCUCGCCUCUUCGCCGCUGAUACUGUGUUCCUUGGUCCAUUCCAGUAUGUUGUGAUUCGCUUCCGCGCCGACAAUCCGGGUGUGUGGCUCUUCCACUGCCACAUGGACUGGCACAGCCCGAAUCUCCGUAGUGUAUUUGUUUCUGCGCCUGAUGUCAUGCAGAGGACACUGAGGGUCCCGCAGUCAGGUAUUCCGACCAGCGGAAACGUGGUUGGUAGAAAUGACUACAACAUCGACGGUGCGCCAAUCCUUCCUGCACUCCUAGCCAGCCCUCCUCACUAAGGGCGCUGGCCUCAUUACAAUAGACGCACACAUUGUUGAUUAGUGAUUGCAGAUGUGAUACAAAUGGCAAUAAAUAGCAGCAUCA